GCAGCUGGGGCUGGACCCGGAGCAGAGGCUGAGGCCUGCAAUGGGAGCCGGGGCCUGGAGCUGGAGCCCCUGAGCCCGGAGCCGGGCCCGGAGCUGCAGCCGUGCCCGGAGCCGGGCCCGGAGGCGGGGGCGGUGCCGGCCCUCGGGGGCCGGAGCACGGGCGGCCCCCCCGGCAGCGAUCGUUGGACCCAGGGCCGUGCCGAGCCGAGCCAUGGCGGCGCCGGGGCAGAACGUGGCCGUGGUGGUUCACCGAGCCGGGGAGCUGCGCCUGGAAAACCGUCCAAUCCCUGAACCAGGUCCUAAUGAGGUCCUCCUGCGCAUGCAUUCCGUUGGGAUCUGUGGCUCUGACGUUCACUACUGGCAGCACGGUCGAAUCGGGGAUUUUGUUGUCAAGGAUCCCAUGGUGUUGGGACACGAAGCUUCCGGGACUGUCAUAAAAGUGGGCUCUGGGGUGACUCAUCUGCAACCAGGUGACCGUGUGGCCAUCGAGCCGGGUGUCCCAAGGGAGAUGGAUGAGUUCUGCAAAAGUGGGCGCUACAACCUGUCCCCGACCAUCUUCUUCUGCGCGACACCCCCCGACGACGGGAACCUGUGCCGCUACUACAAGCACAGUGCAAGCUACUGCUACAAGCUUCCAGAUAAUGUCACCUUUGAGGAAGGAGCCCUUAUCGAGCCGCUCUCGGUGGGAAUCCAUGCCUGCAAACGAGCAGGAGUCACUCUGGGAAGCAAAGUCUUUGUGUCUGGCUCUGGACCAAUCGGCCUCGUUAAUGUGAUUGUUGCUAAGAUGAUGGGUGCAGCAGUCGUGGUUGUUACAGACUUAUCUGCCUCUCGCCUGCAAAAAGCCAAGGAGGUGGGGGCAGAUUUCACCAUUCAGGUGAAGAACGAGACCGCGCAGGAGGUGGCCUCCAAAGUGGAAAGUGUGCUUGGCUGCAUGCCUGAGAUAACUGUGGAGUGCACAGGAGUGCAAGCCUGUAUCCAGGCUGGAAUUUAUGCCACUCGUUCUGGUGGGACCUUGGUUCUGGUGGGGCUGGGGCCUGAGAUGGUGACGGUGCCCAUCGUGAACGCUGCCGUGCGGGAAGUGGAUAUCCGUGGGAUAUUCCGCUACUGCAACACGUGGCCUGUGGCCAUCGCUCUUCUCGCAUCCAAGCGGAUCAACGUCAAGCCCUUGGUUACACACCGUUUCCCCCUGGAGAAGGCUCUGGAGGCCUUUGAGACCACCAAGAGGGGUGAGGGGGUCAAAGUCAUGCUGAAGUGUGACCCCACUGAUCAGAGCCCCUGAGCUGUCCCAGGGCCCAGCCCUCAUCCCUGCUGCUUGUAACUAGAAAAUCACAUGUAAUGAGGAUGAGUGGUACUGGGAGACACCAUUAGAGCAUUAACAGGUAACUACAAAUGGACAACCAAUAGUUUGAAUCAAAAUGCUGAAUUAGAGAUGAUGGGUUGCACAGUUGGUGGCUCUUCACAGACCACACGUGCAGGAGAGCCUGGCCAGGUUCCUCUGUGCCAGGGAGGGUGUCACUGGCAUGUGGCACAGUAAGGGUGGAGCUGCUGGCACUCCCCCUUCCUGUCCUGCUCUGCCCUGGCUGCAGCAUUUCCUGCAUGGCAAUCCCUGGGUGCAAAAUAGUCCUAGGUGAAUAUCCCCCCUUCCCUCGUGGGUGCUCAGGGACCGUACAGCCUGUGGAACAAAGCCUGGCCCUCCCCACUCCAUGGGAAGCACUGGCACAUUCAGGUCAUUCUCUCCACACUCUUCUCAAAGUUCAGAAACUGGGUUUUUGGGAAACUUGGAGGCCAGCUGGGACCAUGUCUGCCGUGUCACCGCCCCAACAGCUCCUCGUGGGACCACUGCAGGCAGGGAAACUGGGACUGCUGUGAGCUCUGUCCUUAUGUGCCUCCCAUGAAGGGUCUGUUGGGGAGCACAGCUGCUUUUGACAUGGGAAGGAGCAUAGAUGAGACAUAAUGGGAAAGCAUCACUUAAAGGUUUUACCACUGCAAUCAAAUCAUAAUUCUUUGGGAAUACCAAGCCUUCCUGCUGAGUUUGUGAGCCACAAACAAGGUACUAACGAGGUAGAAAAAAAAUCUAAUACUUGAUUACAGUCAUGUUAAUUUUAGUACUGAGAGAUCAGUUCCUUCCUUGGUACUGAAUUUUCCUCAAUAAAUUCUGGCUGCCUGAAACCUUC